AUGGUUUUAUCUCCAUCCCAGCGGUUCUGGGUGGGGAUGUUGGUGGUAAUGGUGGUGGUGGAGGUCCCUGGAGUCCUGCCGAAGUGCAUCUUUGACGAGGUUCAGGCCCAGGCCCGGGUGGUCCGAGCUGCACCCAGCGAGCCCAGACGCGGAGCCCCCUCUGGGCAGCAAACCAAUCACCCGGUGACACGCCUGAGAAUGAGGGCGCCGCCCACUCCAGCCUCUCCGCAGCCAAUCAGGAUCCGGACCUGGAUUCCGGUGGAGGGCAACGGCCUAUCAGAGGCUGAGAAAGAGAAGCUGGAGGCAGCGGUGGAGCAGGCUGUGAGGAUGGUGUCGUCUUUACUGUCAGUGAACAGAGUGCCGGGUCCAUUGCUGCUCAGCAGAGACGUCAGUAAAUACUGCAAGUUUCUGUGGAAGAAUUCAAGUACUGCAAACUACAACAGGUGCGGUCGGGCCAGCACCAACUACAGAGCUGAGACCUGCCUGGAUGUAACGAUCCCAGAUGAGCAUCUUGCCGGUUGUGAUGUUUACCCCGAAGCUGAUUCACCUCGAAGGACUCGGCUUCGUCCCGAAGGGGCCGGACUCCCCAACACCGACUUCCUGCUGUACCUCCACGUUCAGGCCACCGACAAGUGCAGAGCAGAGCUGUCAUUCUCGUAUGUCCUGUUCACCUCUCAGCCUCAUGUGUUGGCCUACGCUGUCCACUGUCAGACGGACGCCCGCGGGCGACCUUUAGCCGGGGUCGUGGUCCUCUGCAGGGGCCGACUGGCAGAGGCCCCCGACAGCCAACGGGCGACUGUGCAGACUGUGAUCCACGAGCUGUUUCAUGCACUUGGUUUCUCUAAAAAGCUCUUCGACACCUGGAGAGACUGUUCCUCCACUUCUCAAGCCGGCUGUUCUCCUCGAGGCAGAGUGACUCACUCUGAUGGAUCGGGCCAGAUGAGGAUUUACACCCCGUCUGUUAUCUCGGCCCUGCAGAGGCACCUGGGGUCCGCUCACCCUGAGCUCGGGGGGCCGCUGGAAAACCUGGGUGUUCCUCCAGGCACAGUGUCCUCUCACUGGGAGUCCCGGGUCCUGCAGGGCUCCAUCAUGGCGGCGGUGCUGGGGGACUCGACCACGGUUCGGAUCGACCCAGUGACCUUGGCUGCACUACAGGACACAGGCUGGUACGCUGUCGACCUGAGCCGAGCUCAGAGUCUAGUCUGGGGAGACGGGGAAGAAGCCAUGUUCGGUUCCCUUUCAGCCUGUCGGAACAAGUCCUCGUCCUUUUUCUGCACCGGCAGUGGGUUUGGGUGUCAUUAUCUUCACCUCCACAAGGGGGAGUGUCAGACCGACGCACACCUGGAGGGAUGUAGAGUGUAUAAACCCCUUAAGAAUGGAAGUGAAUGUUGGAAAGAGGGAAAUGGAAGAGAAGAGGAUUGGAGCGGGGAGGUCUUUGGUUUGCACAGCCGCUGCUUCUUCUCAAACCUGACCAGACAGACCCUGAGUCCGAUUCUUUCACUCAGCAGCUCUGUGCAGGGACGUUGUUACACACACAGGUGUACUGGACCCAACAGGUACCAGAUCCAGGUGUCAGGCUCCGAGUGGGUGCACUGUCCAGCAGGAGGCACCAUUCAGAUCAAAGGUCACCGGGGUUCAGUUCGCUGCCCCGACCGGAGGUUAUGUGUGUACGCCGACGUCGCUCCUCCUUCAGGCGACGUCGGUUCGCUUCCUGCUUCUCUCACAAGUGGGACUUUAACUUCAGGCCAGAACGGGACCCGGCCGCCCCUCGGACGUCCUGCAGGGCUCACUGCAGCCUCGGCGCUCGGCAUCACCGCGGCCCUGUGUCUCCUGGCUGCGGCCGUGGCGUCCUACAGGUCAUGUGGCCUCUGCAGGACCCGGGUCCACGUGACCCCAGAGGAGCACACGGACCUGUAGCGAGCACGGCCUUCUUAAAAAUAUACACUUUCAGUGUCCAAGAAAACUCUGGCUUUUUUUUUGUGUGUGUGUGUGUUUUCUCCUUCUUAAUGAUUAUUUUAAUGGGAGAGUAGAGGAAUAAUUAAUUCAAUCAAAUAAUGUAUUUUUAUUUUACAGGAAAGUCAGCAAAGUCAUGAACGUUUAUCAGCUGGUUUCCAGCACAAAAUAUAAUGUUAAGUGAUACAAAAAAAAGCGUAAUGAGAAAGAAUAACAGUAAAUACAACAUUUAAAGAAUGAAUAGUGACUCACACUGAAACAGCAGGCUGAGAUAAAGAUUACAGGCGACACACAAUAGACAGUUGAUUGGUUUUCACUUGGUUUAGUGCAUUGCUUACAAAGAAGCAAAGUUAAUUAAUAACAUUAUGGAGUAAUUAUCGCCUUUUUAUUAUCCCCGUGUUCAGAGCUGAUGUAAAUCCUCCCUAGUAAUAUAUUAUUGCUAAUGCAAUAAUAAGUGCCACAACUAGCAUAACAACGAUAACGAUGAGUAAAAUCCAAAGAGGAUGCAUCUUGUAGCGAGGCCGAGAAUUCUCAUCUGGUGGGAAAGUAAGACAGAAAUUAAUGAUCAAGCUCUUUUAAAUAAAAUGCAUUGAAAUAAUAAUAAUAAUCCUCUCCUCACCGGGUUUAUUUUUGCAACCUUUUUCCAUCAUCUCCUCCGCUGCGCUUCUGUCCGCUUGUCGUCGACUGGAGUUGCUUGUGUUUUGUAUUUGUU